GUCCACCUUGCCAUGAUAUCUUGAGAGGCGGGUUGAAAAAAAGAUCCCUUAAGCCGUAAGAAAACUGAGGACUUGCAGUCGUAAUCACUAAUCACCAUAUCGUUUCUUCUUGUUGGCACCUUCGUCGGACGCGUCUACUCCGUUUCUCAUCAUUCCCUUAUAAACCAGUCUGAAUCGCUAUAGUUUUCGUGACCAAUUUGCUUCCAAGACGCGCUCAUAGAAACGAGAUGGAUUCCUUCUUCAACAAAGGCUUCAAAGCUGCCAAAUGUAAAACUCUAUUGAAGCUGACGAUCCCUCGGAUAAAGCUAUUGAGAAACCGUAGAGAGAUUCAGCUGAAGCAGAUGCGGAAAGAAAUUGCCAAGCUUCUUGAAACUGGUCAGGAAGCCACUGCUCGGAUUCGGGUGGAGCAUAUUAUAAGAGAGGAGAAAAUGAUGGCUGCCCAGGAGAUAAUUGAGCUAUUUUGUGAGCUCAUAAGUGUUCGUCUUCCAAUAAUUGAGGCACAAAGGGAAUGCCCCCUGGAUUUGAAAGAAGCAAUUUCCAGUGUAUGUUUUGCUGCACCAAGAUGUGCCGAUCUUCCAGAGUUGCAGCAGGUUCAACUGGCUUUUACUGGUAAAUAUGGAAAAGAAUUUGUUGCUGCUGCCACAGAGCUUAGGCCUGAAUGUGGUGUCAAUCGCCAGUUGAUAGAGCUGCUUUCUAUUCGUGCUCCUGCUCCUGAUGUGAAACUGAAGGUCCUGAAGGAAAUUGCUGAGGAGCAUGAGCUAGAGUGGGAUCCAAGUGCUUCUGAAACUGAGUUGCUGAAGCACCAUGACGACUUGCUUCAUGGACCGACACAAUUAAUCAGUGGGUCUAAGGUGCCUCUUCCCGAGGAAAAACACGAUUCAGAAGUCUUAGAUAAACUAUCUGAUGAUUCUGAUGGUGAGUACGACAUAUUAGAUUUUCCGGAAGUCCCUAGGCAACCACUGCAUUCAAACACAGCUGCUGCCUCAACCCCAGAAAUGCUUCCUUUUCCUGCCUCUGCAUUAUCUGAUUUCGAUCAUGAAGUUGAAAAAUCUUCAGAAGUUAAUGGUUUAGCAUCAAAUAAACCGGAGAUGGAGCAUGAGGAAGUUUUGUUGGAAAGGGAGCAUAAAUUGACUGAUUUGUCACCUGCUCCAAAUGAAGAGAAGCAGUUCUUGCCAUUCAUGGCUCCCCCACCAAAAUCAUCUUCUUCUGUGAAACAAAGUGAUCUGCCUCCACCCCUUCCAAAAGCCCCAAGUGAAACGAAUGUAGAUUUACAAGAUGUAUUAGCCGCUGCUCAGGCCGCGGCUGAAUCAGCUGAACGUGCAGCUGCUGCUGCUCGCUCAGCGGCGAGCCUUGCACAGCUCAGAAUCAGUGAACUAACAAAGAAAAAGGAUGAUGCCGGCAAGGACCCAUUCCAUGUUGAUGCACAGAAGGAUGACAGCUCUGAAAAGCCUCAUUUGGAGCACGAAAGCUCAUUUUCCAGCUCCGAUGCUGCUUCAAUCUCUGAAAGCCCAAAGCUCAACGAUCAAUCGAGGCAUCAUCAACCUCAGAGAUUGCCUUCUAUCGACGAUGAAACAUACUUCUCAUACCCAAACUUGUUUACACGACAGGGCUCAAAUCUUAGUUCAAAUGCUCAGUCAUUCAACUCCAGGCCACCACAUGAGCAGUGAGCUGAAUCACUUUGCCCCACCACCACCACCACCAAAGCUGCCGCCUGCUGGGGCUGUCAUAAGAUCUUCUAGUGUCUACCUUAUAUUUGCCUACAAGUACUACUUAUUUUGAUUUGUAUCAGAGAAAAUGCAAGGGUAAUCAAUGUAAUUUGAGUUUCUCAGUUGAACUGUGGUUUUGUAAAGAUGCUUUUUUGACAAUUAGUUUGAUAUUCUUUAUUUCUUUCUUCCCAUA